AUUUCGCUGUAAUGUGGCGCCGCCUAUUUAAUGUUUUCUUCCUUUUAUUCCACACCAUCCAUAUUUCGUCCGGGCCGACGAUUAUACGACGAGUAAUGAUUUGUCAAUGCAACUGACGUAGCUAUAAUAUGCAUUUCCGACUGACCAAUGAUUUCUCCCAUAUCAUUUGACAGAACGCAAUGAUAAAUCGCAGUCAACUGUAAAUGCUUAAGUCAUGUCAAGAGUGCCAACAUCACAGAUUUUUAUAUCGAUCUAAGAUCCAUACUUAUUACCGUUUGUUAUCUAUGGUAAAGUCCAUUUUGACGUUUGUGGCACGCAAAACUUUCAAUUUUAAAAUACAUUUUAAAUGAAAAAAUGCCGAUUUUCAAGUGUUAUGAAUGAUUAAAAGUGUUAUUCUAGUUAUAAAUAACUUGCUAAUUGAAUAUUACCAUGGCUGCAGCUAUUGUAAAUGGUGUAAACGAGCUUCAACGAAACCCGUUAAAAUUGUACAUACAAGACAUCUUUCGGGCCACUAGAACUGAGCAAAACAAGUAUAUUUACGAAAUUUUCGGAUUAAAAUUCAAGAAUGUGAUGCUACAUGGAGUUGUGACUGCUGUUUAUAAUACUAACGCUUCAAAAACGGCCACGAACUUCGAUUUAACUGAUCCGACAGGCUGCGUUUCAGUUUAUUACGAUAGCACGAAGAAUAAUUUGAAUAUACCUUUGCCGUCAUACAAGAAGUUGAUACAAGACUUCGCAGAUGCUUCAAGAAGGGGAGAUGAGCACACUAUGGUUAUGGGUAGAUUAAUAAAUGGCAUAGAGAAGACAAAAACUAGUCCAAUAUUUUUUUCAACGGGAGACUGUAUAAGUGUUGUUGGUGAUAUUUUUAUCGAAGAUUUAAAGAAUACUAGAAUGAUUUCAGCCUAUGAAUGUAGAUUAACUUCCAUGGAGCGGGAUCUAGUGUGGUUAGAAGAACUUAGGUAUUUGUAUGAGAAGUUUUAUUUAUGGAAAAAUGAAUAAAAGUGUAUGUAUGAUAA